CCGCGAGAGGGUGAGUGCGGUGCUCCCAGCGCACCGGCGGCGGGUCUCCGACGAACUCAGAACUGCAAGAGGGAGGCCUCUGCGGUCUGGGGGGCGGAGCCGGUUGCGAAUGGUCUCGGGGAGAGUCUUCUACGCCACUGCGGAUGGCCCGGCCACUGAGCAGCAGGUGCGCCCCCUCACGUCCCCCGGAGCCAGGCCGCGGAGUCCAGUUUCUCAUGGCUUCCUUUCCUUCCCUUGGCUCCACAUUCCCUAGGAAGGACCCCACAGGAAGGAAGAAGGCAAUGACUGCUGGGCCUAUGCCAUUGGGAGCUCAGUUUCAGGAGUCAGUGACAUUCAAGGAUGUGUCUGUGGAUUUCACUUGGGAGGAGUGGAUGCACCUAGAUUCUGCUCAGAGGAACUUGUAUGGGAAGGUGAUGCUGGAAAACUACAGGAACCUGGUCUCACUGGGGCAUCAGCUUUCCAAACCUCAAGUGAUCUCCCAGCUGGAACAAGAAGAGUUGAAUCUGAAGAACAAAGAACUCCCAGGGUGUGUCUCUCCAGACUGGGAGACAAGACUUGAAACCAAACAGUCAGCUCUAAAACCCAACAUUACUGAAGAUUUAUCCCAUGGGGUCAUAAUGGAAAGGGAACGUGUCUGGCAUUCAACCUUAGGGGAAACCUGGGAACCUGGUAAUUGGUUAGAGGGGCAAUGGGAGAGACAUCUGGGCCAAGUGGCAGUCACCCAUGAGGAAACUCUCACAGAGAGGAGGGUAUGUAGAGGUGAUGAAUUUGAAAGAUGUUCCAAUCGGGGUUCAGUCCUUGAUAUACCACAAAGCAUUCCUAUGGCAAAAAGGUCCCAUAAUUGGAAUUCACAAGGAAAAGACACCAAACAAAAUUCUGAAUUAAUGAAAAAUCAAAGAAUGUUUGUAGGAAAGAAAAUCUAUGAAUGUCAUGAAUGCAGGAAAACUUUCAGCCAGAGCUCAUCCCUUCUUAAGCACCAGAGGAUCCAUACUGGGGAGAAACCAUAUAGAUGUAAUGUAUGUGGCAAACACUUUAUUGAACGCUCCUCUCUAACUGUACAUCAAAGAAUUCAUACUGGAGAGAAACCUUACAAAUGUAAUGAAUGUGGGAAAGCUUUCAGUCAGAGCAUGAAUCUUACUGUUCCAAGAACUCAUACUGGAGAGAAACCCUAUCAGUGCAAAGAGUGUGGAAAAGCCUUCCGUAAGAAUUCAUCCCUUAUUCAACAUGAACGAAUUCAUACUGGAGAGAAACCCUAUAAAUGUAAUGAAUGUGGGAAAGCCUUUACACAAAGCAUGAAUCUUACUGUGCAUCAGAGAACUCAUACAGGAGAAAAACCCUAUGAAUGUAAUGAAUGUGGAAAAGCCUUCAGUCAAAGUAUGCAUCUUAUCGUUCAUCAGAGAAGUCAUACUGGGGAAAAACCUUAUGAGUGCAGUGAAUGUGGAAAAGCCUUUAGUAAGAGUUCAACUCUUACCCUACAUCAGCGAAAUCACACUGGAGAAAAACCCUACAAAUGUAACAAAUGUGGGAAAUCCUUUAGCCAAAGUACAUACCUUAUAGAACAUCAGAGACUUCACUCUGGAGUAAAACCUUUUGAAUGUAAUCAGUGUGGAAAAGCUUUCAGUAAGAAUUCAUCUCUUACUCAACAUAGGAGAAUUCAUACUGGAGAAAAGCCUUAUGAGUGUAUGGUAUGUGGAAAACAUUUCACUGGGCGAUCAUCCCUUACAGUACAUCAGGUUAUUCACACUGGAGAGAAACCUUAUGAAUGCACUGAGUGUGGAAAGGCCUUUAGCCAGAGUGCAUACCUUAUUGAGCAUCAAAGAAUUCAUACUGGUGAGAAACCCUAUGAAUGUGAUCAGUGUGGGAAAGCCUUCAUUAAGAAUUCAUCCCUUAUAGUACAUCAGAGAACUCAUACAGGAGAGAAACCGUAUCAGUGUACUGAAUGUGGAAAGGCCUUCAGUCGCAGUACAAACCUUACAAGACAUCAAAGAACUCACAUGUGAGGAUGGUUUUCACUGGCCACAUCAUCAUGAUUAACUCUUUAGUAAUCAGAUAAAGUCAUGUUGAUGUAGAUACUUAAUAAAGGUAACAGUUGUGGGUAUCUUUUAGUUGAAGUACAGUCUACCGUAUCAGAUAAUAUAGACCACAGCAGAGAAAUCAUGUGAAAGUGAAGAAAUCUUGAUUCAGAAGGUAAAACAUACUUUAUACCAGAAGGUUUCAGUAAGCAAUGUAUAAACAGUGAAGAUUCAUGCUCAAGAUAAGUUUCAUUGUAUCAUACUGCAAAUUCUCCUGGGGACAUCUGAGAUUUCACACUGGAGAGAAAAUGUGACAGUGCUUAACUGGACAGCCCAAAGACCUGGUAUGUAGUCCUGACCUGCCACUAACUUGGACAAGUUACUCUCUUUCAGCAGGUCACAAUUUUCUUACCUACUAAAUGAGAGAUUUUGGAUGUAAAAGGUCUGGGGGAUUCCCUAUUAGCUAAAAUGUUACAAACCAUGAUGCUUGGAAAUCUUUGGCCUUUUACUCUGUUAUGUAUGUUGUCUAGACACUUCUGUUCCACAGUCAGAUAUUUCAAAUCAAAAUAUUCUACCUCUACCAAUUCAUAAUGCCCUUCCCCCUCUCCCUGCAUUACUUUCUCCCCUAAAAUAUAGGCUGGUUUCUACCAGGUAAUAGAAUAAUAGUACAAAUCUUUAGGCAAUAGCAUGCUGUUUUGAGUUCUUCAUAGUCAUUAAACUGUUGUUAAAUUAGCUGAUUAUUUACAAAACUUAAUUUAAAUAUUGUAUUUAAGUACAGAAGAAUCAAAUAAAUACACAUCUUUGUGUCUUAUUCAACUAUCAAAUGAUAAGGAGAAUGGGGAAGUAAACACUAAUAAAUAUGGAAAUUUAGCAUAUUAAUACAAUAUUUGCAACUCAAAACAUUCAGAACACUCAGAGGGAUAUUUUAUAGAUCUGUCAUGAUGAUACUAGUUUAAUUUCAUUCAUUCCACACAUACUUGCCACAUCCUAAAUAUGGGCUAGACAUGAUUAGUCAAAAUGAUUAUGAUUCAUUAUUUUUAAGGGACAAACUAAGAAAGUGGCAGUGUCAUGGGCUAGGAAAGGAACAAUCAAGCAAUGAUUUGGCAGAAUCUAAAAAAGCUGUAACUGGUAGGUAUGGCUAUUUGAACAAGAAGGAUGACUUGAAUUUAUUAUUUGUGUGGAUUGGGAUUCUAUAAUUAAAACCACAUAAAGUGGCCAUCUUUGUGCAACAAUGAUGUUUUCAGUUUGAGAGCAUUUGGAUGUGUCUCUGGGACAUCCAAAAAAAAAGUCCUGAGGAGCUCCAGUGGCACAACCAGUUAGCUCAUGGU